GGCCUCGGCGGCUGGUUGCGCGUGUCCGCCGCUGGCUCCGCUCUAUCCGGCUUUGCUAGGGGAGGUGAGUCCGGCCGCGGCGGCACCGGCGGCUGAGAAGGCGGCGGCUGAAGAGAAAGCGGUCACGGCGGCUGUGGAGAAAGCAACCGUGGGCACGGAAGCCGGGUGGGGGGGAGGGGGGGAGACGGAGCAGCCUUGAGCCCUGCAGGGGCCGUCGCGCGGGGGACCCACCCGCUCUCCCCCCCAACCCUCCUCAGCACAAGCAGCCGGCGGCGGCGGGGGCAGGAGUCAGCCUGCUUCCGACCGUCCCCCGCCCGCUUCCCGGGGCUCCUAUUCUUUGGCCCCGGGACCCUAACCUCCUCCGGGGCGGUUCCCUGUGUCUGGGCGUCCGAGUGCUGCCCACCGCUCUUUCAUUCCCUCCCUGCACCUUCUUCCCUUCACUUUUGCCGGGGUUCUCUCUCUCCUCUUCUGUCCUGCCUGUUGCCUCCUCGCCUCACUCUCUUCCUCCAGCCUCCUUCCCUGGCUCAUUCUGCCCAGGAAAGUUUGGUACAUCUCCCCAAACCCCCUCAAUCAGGUCAACCAGACUGGAGUAGGGGGAGAUGUAGGAAGGCCUGAGAGUUCGAGGGGAGGGAAGCUAGAAGCUGGUUUCCCUGAUAAUUUCCCCUCAUCUUUUUUGAUUUAGAGUGGUUGGAUUUUUUUUUUUUAAUUGUGUUUUUGAGGAGGUGGGAGGUGUUUAGAAAAGGAUGUGGGAAUGGAAGGGGUAGAUGAGUCAACCCUCUUACAAGAUUCCAAGGGUGGCGUCUUACCAGAUCUUUUUCGUGUGUGGAGUUCAGGGGGUCGGGAGGUUUGGCCUUUAUUCCCACAUUCAAAGUUGGAACCUCCCCCCAUUAAGAAUGGAGUUUUAGUAUCCACUUGUAGCAGGAAUCCUGGGGGGAAGGGGCCCUUUUCCCUUUUUCUUUUCCUUUUUUUUUUCUUCUUAUUUUAUGUUCUUAACUUUUAUUUUGACAACCCACACCCUUCCACACUCUCACCCAAAAAUCGAACACCCAAGAUCCUCCAACUUGUCUGGAUUGACUGAUGAAGACAUAAAGCCAGUUCCGCUCUAUGUUUUUUGAGGUGGAGUGAGUGGUUUUUCUUCAUUUUUUAAAUGGCCAAAUGACAGCUUGACCCAGUUUGCUUUCCAAUCAAAGGGCAUUUUUUUGAAUGUCUCUUUGUGGCACACGAGCCAACGCAAAAAUGAUGGCGGCUUACAAUGGCGGUACAUCUGCAGCAGCAGCAGGUCACCACCACCACCAUCACCACCACCUUCCACACCUUCCUCCUCCUCACCUUCACCACCACCACCACCCUCAACACCACCUUCAUCCGGGGUCGGCUGCUGCUGUACACCCUGUACAGCAGCAUACGUCUUCGGCAGCUGCGGCAGCCGCAGCGGUAGCUGCGGCCGCAGCCAUGUUAAACCCUGGGCAACAACAGCCAUAUUUCCCAUCACCGGCACCGGGUCAGGCUCCUGGGCCAGCUGCAGCAGCCCCAGCUCAGGUACAGGCUGCUGCAGCUGCUACAGUUAAGGCGCACCAUCAUCAGCACUCGCAUCAUCCGCAACAGCAGCUGGACAUUGAGCCGGAUAGACCUAUUGGAUAUGGAGCCUUUGGUGUUGUCUGGUCAGUAACAGAUCCAAGAGAUGGAAAGAGAGUAGCACUCAAAAAGAUGCCCAACGUCUUCCAGAAUCUGGUCUCUUGCAAAAGAGUCUUCCGGGAAUUGAAGAUGUUGUGUUUUUUUAAACAUGAUAAUGUACUCUCUGCCCUUGACAUACUCCAACCUCCACACAUUGACUAUUUUGAAGAAAUAUAUGUUGUCACAGAAUUGAUGCAGAGUGAUCUACAUAAAAUUAUCGUCUCUCCUCAGCCACUCAGCUCAGAUCAUGUCAAAGUUUUUCUUUAUCAGAUUUUGCGAGGUUUGAAAUAUCUCCAUUCAGCUGGCAUUUUACAUCGCGACAUUAAGCCGGGGAAUCUCCUUGUGAACAGCAACUGUGUUCUAAAGAUUUGUGAUUUUGGAUUGGCCAGAGUGGAAGAACUGGAUGAAUCCCGUCACAUGACUCAGGAAGUUGUUACUCAGUAUUACCGGGCUCCGGAGAUCCUCAUGGGCAGCCGCCAUUACAGCAAUGCUAUUGACAUCUGGUCUGUCGGGUGCAUCUUUGCAGAGCUGCUGGGCCGAAGGAUACUGUUUCAGGCGCAGAGCCCCAUCCAGCAGUUGGAUUUGAUCACAGAUCUGUUGGGCACGCCAUCACUGGAAGCGAUGAGGACAGCUUGUGAAGGUGCUAAGGCACACAUACUCAGGGGUCCUCACAAACAGCCAUCUCUCCCUGUACUCUACACCCUUUCCAGCCAGGCCACACAUGAAGCCGUUCACCUGCUUUGCAGAAUGUUGGUCUUUGAUCCAUCAAAAAGAAUAUCCGCUAAGGAUGCCUUAGCCCACCCCUACCUAGAUGAAGGGCGGCUGAGAUACCAUACAUGUAUGUGUAAGUGCUGCUUUUCCACCUCGACGGGAAGAGUCUACACCAGUGACUUUGAGCCUGUCACCAACCCCAAAUUUGAUGACACCUUUGAGAAGAACCUCAGCUCUGUCCGACAAGUUAAAGAAAUUAUCCACCAGUUCAUUUUGGAACAGCAGAAAGGAAACAGAGUACCUCUCUGCAUUAACCCGCAGUCCGCUGCCUUUAAGAGCUUUAUCAGUUCCACCGUCGCUCAGCCGUCUGAGAUGCCACCGUCUCCUCUGGUGUGGGAGUGACUGUGGAAGGCACUGUACUACUGAAGAUGUAAUGUAGCUUUCACUGGAGUCUGGGGUUUGCAAUUCUGGAGGGUUAAUCAUGCUUGUACUGUAAUUUUACUAAUGAAGUUUUAAAUUAACAACCACUACUUGUAUGAUAUGAAUAAUAUUUAGAAAUGUUACUAGACUUUUAAUCUUGUAAAGUGGUUGUGCUUUUAGAAGAAAAAAACUAUUUUACCCAGAGUUGCACAUGGUUAAAGAAUUCAGUGCAGCUGUUGUGGCUCACCUCAGAACAAACGAAAAUUGAACCAAAUUUGGGCAUUUGGGGUUUAUGUUUUUAUUUUAUUAUUAAUAUUUUUUAAUGAAGUAAGAUUGUUCACAUGUAUACACUCACACAGAGGACAGUCAUACAUUUUGAUAUUUGAGCCAUUCCUAAAGAUUAAGGGUUUUCUAAAACUAAAGAAUCUAGAAAGUUUGCCAGUGACCAAUCAUGGAGCCACGUGAGCUGAUUGUGGCUGCGCCUGGGGGAUGGGAGGGGAGGGGCCACCUAAUGAUCAGGCCUUGUAACUGGCUUCUCAUUAGAGUCAUGCUGGUGACGUGUGCUGUCUCACCUCCAAUGCUGUGCGUAGAGAGAAUGAGUAUGUGACUAGGAGAGACUAACCCUCUGUUUCCCUUACCCGGUAUAAAUAUAUAUAUAUAUAUAUAUUUAAUCUAUUUUUAUUAGAAGUUUUUCUGCUCUUUCUUACAUAAAAAAAAAAAGACCCAAGCAUGCAUCUUUCCUGUGUAAAUAAUUCAUUUCUGGGCUAAUUUCAGAAGAAUCCCAGCACUGCUGUAUAACUGGCUUGCACAUUCUAGGUCUGUGAAAUUCUGUGAGACUUUUCCUGCACUGGACAGUGAAAAAUAAGAAAUAAAAGACAAAAAGAAGUUAAAAAAAAUUACAGCCACAAAGGCACAUAGGGAAUCAUGUCAAAUGUGUUUGUGUCCUUAGGCACAGCUGUGGGAGUCUUGAAAUGUCACAGUAGUAAAUAACUUAUUACUUUUUGACAAAUUCUUUUUCCUGCUGGAACACUGAACUCUGUGCAUAUGUAAAUAGGAGCACCAAUCGAAGGCCUCUACCUCCUGGAGUUACACAGCUCGGCUUGUUACCUCCACACGCUGAUGAUGACUUUUUUUUUUUUAAGUUCAAUGUGGAGACUUGAAACUUGAAUGUCCCUUCCAACUUUUAUAUUAAAAAUAAAAAGACAAGAAAAUUGAAGAGCGUUUUUCACCUGUACGAGGAGGACUAACGGAUCGUCUUAAAAAUGGUCUAGGAAAAAGGUUGGUGUGUGUUACGGACAAUUAACUGUUAAAGUUAUUGUAAGUUAUCUGUAUUUAGCAGAGUAUUUUCAUCUUGAGUGAUCUGAGCUGAAUUUGAAGACUAUUAAGUUAUAUUUGGAAGUUUUAACUUCAAUGAAGUAAUUAUUUGCUGUGAAAGAAACAAACAUUGAAUUACUAAACAAAGAUGGUGCAAUAUCUUUGUUGUUGUUGUUGUUGUUGUUUUUUUAUGAGGCUCCUGAGAAUCUUCCCAACCGAAGCAUUUCAAUUCACUCGAGUGAGAAACGUGUUUAGUAUCAAAAGAGCCCGAGAAGACACUGGUAUGAAAGGUACAAUCUCAGAGGUUGGUCAGUUACCGUGGCACACUUUCUGGUCACUUUGUACAAUGUAGAUUUGAAGUACAGUGAUGAGAACAUUAAACGUGACAUUGGAAAACGA